CACGCCUUCCUCUUUAACCUGGUUUAAAGCGUCUAUAGUUUAAAGUAAUUGAUAUCGUUUUCAAAGCGAAGGACUUGUAUUUAAUGAACAUGAACACAUAGAUGGGAUUUCCGAGCCAAAAUAUUUAAAGAAUGGACAUCAGAACAACUUCAGACAUUAACUGACUGAUUUGUCAGUUUAUUUUUGAGAAUGAACGUGAGACAAAAAUCUGGAAGCAUGAAAGAGUGGGAAUCAACUGGAAAUAGAUUUCGGCUAAUAAAAAUGGCUUUGUUUUUGAGGUAGCUGUUUACAAGAACAGGAAGAGAUGCUUAUUAGACACCGUCACUAACACAUUAUUGCUAUUUUCACACUUUUACAUUAUACCAUUAAAAUGUAUACAUUAAAACCAUUUUAAGGUUGUAAAAACUGCAGGAAGAAGGAAGUGGUUUGGUUUGAAUAGUCAGAACAACUGCAAAACUGGGCUGUAGAUUCAGAUCACAGGGAUAUUAAUUACUGUAAGCCAACCAGAGUGUGGACAUCUUUGAAAAAUGGAUUGUGGUGAAAGAUUUUGUGGAAGUGGAGAACUGGAGCUGGAUCCAGAUAUUGUGAGCGAGGAGGCGGGCAAGCUGUAUUCGGAGUUACAGUCAGUGGUGGAGACUCAUGGAGCUGAUGUGGUGGAGUCCUUGUUGCCCAUUCUUGUCUGGGUUCUGGAAGGGCUGGCGAGCUGCAGGGCUCAGCUGAGAGAAAGAGAGGAGACAUCGGAGAAAGAGAAAGGGGAGAGGGAAGAACUGCUAGAGAGGUAUCAGAGUGAGAAAACACUGAGGAGACAGAGCCAGGAGCGCUAUCUGGAGUUGGAUGACCAGUUUGAGCAAGAAAGGCGAGCAAUGCGUUCAAGAGAAAAUGAGAGAGAAAAGAGAGAAAGAGAACUGGAGAAGAAAGCCAGAGAACAAGCUGAUCAGUUGAUGGCUUUGGAAGAACAGAAAUCAAAUCUGAGCCGAGAACUAAACUCACUCAAACACACACAUAACAAGUUAGUACUGACACAUCGAGAUCUGCUAGAAAAGAAAAAGGAGUGGGAGAGUGAAGCCUCUGCUUUCAGGUAUCAUGUGCACAGCAAAUAUUCAGAAGCAGUUUCUAACCAAGAUCAAACUGAAAUCUCCAGCACUGAAGAGCAUUGUCCUGAAGCUGGCAGUGUCAAUGACUCCACUACAUCUACUACUAUUAUCAAGGACAACAAAGUGACUGAUGCUGAGGUUAAUCAUUAUAAUAAGGAGUAUUUUAUCAGCCAAAUAAUAACCUCCACCCCUGAGUUGGCCCAUAUGAAGAGAUUUGUUGAAACAAGUACCCCUGUUUGCUCGAAGACAGUGACUUCUGAAAUAAACUCCAGUUUGUUUGAUGAGAUUAAACAAGACCCGGAAGAUACAAACGAGGAAGAUGGAGACCAGAAGCUGAAAGUUGGAGAAAAAACUAAAGGGAAAACCAUGGAAAAUGACUCCAAUUGUUUGGAGUGGCAGUUAAGGAAUACAGACUCUGUGUUUUCAGAGUUGUCUGAACUCAGCAGGGACUAUGUGGAAAAUGUUGACAAGGGGGCCAGUGUCAGAGAUAGCUCAGACCAGUUUGAGCAGAUUCUUUCUCAGUAUGAGGAACUAAAAUGCAGCCAUGAAAUGGUGGAUGCUGCUCGUAAGGCCCUUAUAUCCCGUGUUGAGGAGCUGACCAAUGAGAGAUCAGCCCUGAAUUUGGAACUUCUUUCUUGCCGUGAAACAAUCACACGAUUUGAAGGAAAAACUAGGGAAAUGGAGGCGGAAAGCAAAAGGUUACGAAAAGAACUGGAAAUGGUUCAAUUAGAAAACCCUGAUGCCUCUUCACCGACCUCCCUCCGCCGAUUCUCUCGUUCUGAAAUGGCUCGAGUUGUUAUGGAGAAAAAUCAAUAUAAAGAGCGACUGAUUGAAUUGCAGGAGGCUGUGCGACGCUCUCAAACACUGAAAGUUUCAAAAGAAGAGCAUCCCCCUGUGGAAGGGAAGGGUAGUGUCUGGAGCAGGUUUAAUCGUUUUCUAGGUUUGACGAAGGGUCAGUUAGGUCCAGCCACAGCUUUAGCAAUAACCAUGUCUUCAACACCAGCUCCUGCACAAGCUCCAGCAGGGUCUCCAAAGCAUCUCUCAACAAAACCACCACAAACAGAGAAUUCUUCUUCGCCCAGAUUAAGGAAAAGAGAGUUGUACAGGGAAAUCCGUUCUCAUGUGUGGGGUACACUGGGUAAAAAACAGCUCUAUGGCUGGAGCAUGCCUCUUGCUAUUACCAACAUAAAGAACUUUGAGCCUCUUCCUGAGCCCAAAGACGUUCCUAUUCUCAUCCAACUAAGACUGCUGGACCAGAGAGAUGCUACAGCCAAGCUCACAUGUGCUGUUGCAGUUCCUCCAGAGAUAUCAGGAGAGCAGACGUGUUCUGUGUGGGCUGUCACUGGACCUGCUUCCAGCAGCGAUGUCACAGUGAUUGACCCGGCCCGCUCCAAUACAAUACUGGAUCAGUUCAGCCUUCCACCCACAUCCCCAGCAUUAUGCAUCUGUGCUGUUCCCCCUACUGGAAAUACUCUGGGAACUGUGUGGAUUGGAACACAAGAUGGAGGUGUGCUGAUCCAUUCGUCCUCCAGCUCCAGGCGCCACUGUUUGCAAUCAGUCAACCUCUCCGAGGGAGUUCAUUCUCUUACAUAUUCUCAGGACGAGGUAGUUGCAGGCUUAGCUGAUGGGACGCUUGUAUUCUUUUCCCACAAUUCAGGCAUGUGGGAUCUCCAGUCUCAUGAGGUGCUCUCACUCGACACACCUCCUUUGCAGCCCAUCCGCUGUUGCUUAGCAAAAGAAGGCUGUCUUUGGGUGGGAUACUGGAAUAAAGUUUACAUUAUCAGUGCAAAACAACGAAAAAUAGAGAAGUCAUUCUCAGUGUCUGAGCGAAAUGAGCAGCAGGUGCGUUUUCUGUGUGCAGCGGGAAGUGGAGUUUGGGCAUCCUGCCGUUUGGAUUCCAUUCUUAGGCUUUUUGAUUGGACAACUGGCCGCCCACUACAGGAAGUAGAUUUAUCAUCCAUGGUGUCUAAAGCUUUAGGAUCUGCAUUCCUGUCUCUCUCCCCGCUUCAGAUCACAGCCAUGUCUGUGGUCAGUGGCCGGCUGUGGGUGGGCACAGGAAGUGGUGCAAUCUUCUCAAUUCCCCUGUCCCUUACUUCAGAGUCCUGUUCUAUACCCUACUGCUCUCUUGCUUCUGCACAGCUCUGUUACCAUGGCCAUCGACAAGCUGUCAAAUUCAUUAUUUCUGCUCCAGGUUGCUAUAGUGCUUCUAAUUCAGCAGAUGGUGCUGCCACUUCCUCUCAGCUUAUUCUCAGUGGAGGGGAAGGAUACAUCAACUUCCGAAUUGGAGAUGAUGGAAGUGAUGGGGCUAGUGAGUAUGUCCUACAGAGAUCAGAACGAAGUCACAUGAUUAUUUGGCAGAGCCCCAUCCUGUGCGUUCCAAGCCCUGCCCUCUGAAAGUGCUUCAGCUUUUUGAGUUCUUUUGAAAUACAGUCAAGCAUGCUAUAUGUUAUCACUUUUGUAAUAUGCGUCAUGUAUCAAUACACCCAAAGGGGAAAAAUACUACAGAUAAUUUAAGGCAUUAAGGCACAAAUGUUUUUUAGGAUUUUUUUUUUUAUCCACAACAUUGAUUCUAUACCUUUAGGUAUAUUGUUUGUGGUAAACUGACUUUAUAUGAAAUUGACUUUUCUUUUUUCUAGUCCCAUUAUGCCUAGAUAUUCUCUAAAUGUGCCUUGCAUAAUUUCUCUCUCCUAUGUCUGGUAUGUCUGGCCAGUGUUUUUUUUAAUACACAAUCUGAAUGUUGAAACAAAGUGAGGUUGUUACUGUAAUGCUUAUCAACAAAUUAUUACUUUUUAUUUUAUUUCAAUCAUGGUGAGUGUUGUAUUUGAAUUGAUGCACGGCAUGUCAUGACAUGAUUUUACAGCCUACCUGCAAUUAAUAACUGUACUUGAUUUCUGUUGUGUAUCAUUUUUUUAAGUGCUUGGUGUUAUGGUGAACCUUUUAUUUAUUUAAUCAUUAUUGGUUGGUGGUGUCUUGUUUGUGAAAUUAAUUAGAAAUUCUGUAUGGACAUUUUUUUUUAAACAUUUUUUGAAUGAGCCAUGAACACGAGACUCAACCUAUUUAAUAAGUGAGAGACAGUCACAGCUUUAUUACCUGGAAAAUGUGUUUCACUUUGUAACUUUGUUGAUACACCUUCAAUAUAAUCCUAAACUGUUCAGUUGGUAUUGUAAAGUGUUUCAGUAUUGUUAAAAUAAAGCACUGAAGGUGCAUGUGCAAUUUUAAAUACCGAAAA